CAAAGUGUCACUAUUGACAUAUCUGUGUAAAAAUCAUCCAAACUAGAAUUAUAUUUGAUAAUACCUAAGAACCUUUAUAAACAUGAGUGAUCAGGUGAUACCAAGGUUUCGCAACGUAUUCACCGAUAUUACAGGAGGAAUCAUGACGCACCAGACCCUGGGAGACUGCGCGCACCAGGAGAUGGCCAUGAUGGAUUGUAUGGAGAGUUACGGCUUUGAUCGCGGCUUACUGAACUGCAAGCUGGAAAUGGAUGACUACCACGAGUGUCGCGCUAAGACUAAACAAUUUUUAAGAUUUAUGGCUCUACGGAGGGAACGCGAUCGGAAAAUUGCUUGUGGAGAAUUAACUGGUGAUAACAAAUACAUGUCUCCAAAAUUAGAUAGUUUUUGACUAUAAAGAUGUGUUAAAAUAAACACUUAUUUCCCAAUUAAA